CUUCCCCAUUUAUUAAGCUCCACCACCCUACAUAUACAUACUACUUCCACUACCAAUCUAGCACCACCCUCUCCCACCGAAAAUAACAAGGUGGUGGUCGUCGUGAACUUGACAUGGGUUAUCCUUCAAUUUUUUUUCCUUGAUUCAAAACUUGUUUGUUUUCAAUUUGAUUUUUUAUUUUAUUUUUUUUGUUUAAUUUGACUGACAUUUUAGAUUUGUUGGUAAUUGGUUUUUUUUUUUUUAUUUAUUAAUUUUAAGACAGAUGUGGUGUUAUAAUGGUGACGCCCAGUGGUUGUUUAUGUAUUGACAAUGGGCUAGUGGUUGUGGUGGUGGUGGUGACUAUUGUGGUUAAGUUUAGGUAACUGGUAAGGAUAAAUUAUUGAGUGAGUUUGGCAAUUAGAAAGGUUAAUUUUAUGGGAUUAAUACUUGGAAUGUAUGGAAGUCCCUCAACUUUAGUCCAGUCAGCAAGAAUAAAAUAAAAUAAAAAAUGCAAAGUCCCUAAACUUUGGCCAUGUCAGCAAUUAAAUAGGCAUGAGUCCCUAAACUUUGCUGAGUCAUUGAAAUAGCCACCACAAAUUAUGACUUAUUGGUGGUUGAAGGACCAAAAUCAGGCUUUUGAAAGUUGAGGGACCAAAAUCAAACUUGGAUCGUAUUUGGUGUCUGGCGGACCUACCCUUGGUCCAGGUAGGUCACGUGACCUAGCAAAAAAAAAAAAAAAAAAAAAAUUAAAAAAACAAAAAAGACUGACAGUUAGUACUGGAAGGGGAAAAGAAAAACAGAGACCAAAUUCAAAAUCACGCACUCUCAUCCUCUCAAAUCUCAAUCUCUCUCUUCGCUCUUCGCCGCCGCACCGCCACUCGCCGGAGUCGCCGCCGCACCGCCUCGCCGGCUGCUCCAUCCGCAUACACACACACUCGGCGCUCUUCGACUCUUCUUGCUGCCAGGCCACUUAAAAACUCAAGAAAAAUAGAACCCGGCAAAUCAAAAGAAACACAAAAAACAUUCAAAAGAUGAAAAGAGACGGAGACGAGAAGAAGAUGAAGAAGAAAGUGGACGAAAAACCAUCAGAAUUCGAGUUCUGCAAAAUAUGCAGAAUCAACCACAAUCAAGGUCGUCGCCACAAUUCCUUCCCACGCCACACCAAUUCACUCUCCUCACUCUUCACUCGCUUCCAUCAGAAGCUCUCCUUCGUCAAAUCUUCACUCAGAAACCCUAGCUUCGUUCUCUCUUCUUCGGAUUCUCCUGAUCGUCUUUGGUGCAUCUUUUGUGAUUCCGACAUUGUUGAAUCUGAUUCUGCAUUUGUUUGUGGUAAUGUAAUUGAGCAUUUGGCGAGUGAUGAUCAUCUGAAGAAUUUGAAGCAUUUUCUAUGGAAGUAUGGUGGUGGUAUGAACAAAGUGGAUUCUUUCAGAAUUACGGUUGAGUUAGCUGAGUGGAAGAAGAGGUGUGCAGUACUGAAGAAGGAUGUUCCACCAUCGAGAUCUUCACUUGGGCAGUCGUAUGAAAUGAGAAUUACCAGGUAUAUCAUUCAGAUAUCUCACAAGCUGGUGAAGUUAGUUCAUCUGCGUACGAUGUUGCUCCACAUACAACUUGGACCCCAGAGCAUCAUAUGGAAACUCAGAGUUUAACAUGUCAAAGUAGGCAACAACCCCUUGCAUCUAGCGUGGAAAAUGUCUU